CUUUUUCUUUCUGUUUCAGGGUGUCCCGUGAUGUAGCUCUCAAAAUUUGCGUGAGUAAGUACGACAAGCGCAAAAUAUGCUGCAGCGUUACAGACACUGAUAACGCUGAUAGUGGCGCGGGCAAUUUCCAACAUUUGCGCAUACUUAUCAAGGUAGCAACGAAUUUGUUAUAUGGGUGUAUUGUACAACAUUUCUAACCGGUUCACCAUGAAUGCCAGUCGGAGGCCGACAACAACAUUAGAGUGUGUUUAUGUGGAAUGAUGAUACUCAAAGCGUUUGCUUUUUUUGCUUUUUGUACUGCAGGAAUGUUACCCUAUACGUCUUAAAGCGAUCCACAUCGUCAACCAGCCUUUGUUCUUCACAAUUCUGCUGAGAUUCCUGAAGCCAUUUGUGAAGAAUAAGUUCUUCCAGCGACUUCACCUGCACGGAAGGAACUACGCCAGCUUGCACGAGUACCUGCCCCGCGAAAUGCUGCCAUGCGAGUACGGUGGACUUCGGAAGCCCCUCGACAACUCGGAGUUCGUCGACGCCCUGCUGCGGAACGAGGAAGCCUUCAAGUUACACGAGACGUUCGGAUACCGGCAUCGACCACAGCAACUUUCUCCAGUCAUGUCCGACCGCGCGUCCACGGUGGGCAGCGGCGGAUGCUUUCCCCCGCGCAACUCCCGCGUCGAGCUGGCGCAGAAGCUGUGGCGCCGCUUCGCCCAUUCGCCCUUGCUUCCGGACGACGUAUCCGAAGGAUCGGUGCACGCCAAGACGCUGCACAAGUACCUGAAAAAGAUGGAAGAGUCCAGUGGCUGAGAUGCACGUUCGCGAUCGAGUCGAAACACCGAGUAAGGAGAAAAAAAAAAAAGCGCUGAGGUCGUCUGGCAACAAGGCAUUCAGGAUGCACUAUAUUGCAGUCAAACCAAUUUUGGUUCGGUCCAUAAGCAUUUUUAUCUUCAUCAGCCUGCUUCAAGCCCGUUGCAGGAUGUCUAGCACUUUCUAGCUUCGUUCACACGAAGGCAACAGUAGCGUAUAUAUCGCAUUGCUCAGCGC